GGCGGGGCAAACAUCCUUCCGAACAGCUCACGCCCCCGGUGAUGUAGGAGGCAGAAGAUUGGCCCAGCUUGUCUAGGCGGGUGCGCGGAGAAUCUUCGCUCGUGUGUGAUUUCCCUGCCUACUUUCAUUGCUCCUGAAGGCAAGUCUCGGACUCAAACCUGAGAACUUGGAGACAAUGUCUGCAGAAUUCUCAUCCAAAAAAGAGAGAAGCCUUGCCUCAGGACCUAGUUUUAGGUCCAAUCAGAGGAAGAUAUUAAACCUGCUUCUUGAGAGAGAUGCCUCCUUUUCCAUCAGUUCAGAUCUCCCUAGAACUCCAGUGGAGAAGAAACUUUUUGGUGACUCUGCAAACCUAAGCAUUUUGUCUGGAGGAACCCCAAAACGUUGCCUUGAUCUUUCGAAUCUUAGCAGCGGGGAGACGUCUGCCACUCAGCUUACUGCUUCUGCAGACCUUGAUGAAACUGGUCAUUUGGAGUCUACAGGACCUGAGCAAGUACAGUUAGCUGGAAUAAAUUACCACCAGCAUCUUAUAAAAUGUAGCCCAGCACAGCUGUUUUGUAGCACUCCGAAUGCCUUGGACCGUGGCCGCAGGAAGAAAGACGCAGUAUGUGGCUUGUCUGCAAAUAAGGAAAAUGAAAAGAGCACUUCAAAGUCCCUGGAGUGGUGGGUACCCAGGAACCUGAGGUCUCCCCUUUCUCUACUGGACAAUGGAAACUUGGUGGAAAGUGAAAUGAAACAUCUGGGCAGUCCCAUUACUACAGUUUCAAAAUUACAUAAAAAUCCAGAGCUAGCAGAAGAUCAAGCAGAAGAGAUAUCAGAUGAAUUGAUGGAGUUUUCACUGGAAGAUCAAGAAAAGGCCAAGGUCAAACAACAGGAAGGGAACACAGCCUCACCCAUCAGUAGAAAAUUGGAUUCAAGAUUUACUGAGCCUCUUUCCCGGCUGGAA